AAGUUAGGCAGGAAACCAAACAUGCCCUUAGGGUUCCGAUUCCGGCAACUGAAAAAACGAGAGAGUCGUUCGUUUUCAUCCCUACCGGCCGCCUCUUCUCCUCUCCACCUCUCAAUUUCCCAAAUUGAAUCCUCCUCCUCCCCGCCUAGGGUUCCGAUUCCGCACCGUCCGAGAACCACCCAAGCGGCGGCAACUGUCCCUUCUCGUCGGCCACCGCCGCACAACUCAGUUGCUUGUUCAGCCGCUCCGCUGCCGACCCGCCUAUCGCCUGAGCUCCAACGGAGUUACCCAGAAACCAUGAUUUUGAGGCUCUCUAAUUGGUCUCCCAAACAACAACGCUCCACAGCAAAUUCACAAUUUAUUUCAUUCUCCAUCUUUUAAAAGUGACACGUAACAACUUUGUACCGCUCCUUACCUGUCUGUCACAUCGCAAUUGUUCCCCACCAGCGUGUAUCGUGGGUCCUUCCGCUUCACCCAACCACGAGGAAGUUCUUACGGUGCCACGGAGUUGCAACUGCACAAAGGCCUUUUGUGGUCACAAAGGGUGCUAUUGUGUUACAACAACAGUUCUAGUUGAAGUAAUAAGACAUUUUUUAAACUGUCUGCUACAUUGCUUCCAUGGCAACCAAUGAGAACCUCCCACCAAAUGUCAUCAGGCAAUUGGCUAAAGAACUGAAGAAUCUUAAUGAGUCACCUGCAGAAGGAAUUAAUGUGACUGUCAAUGAUGAUGACUUCACUACUAUUUUUGCUGAUAUUGAAGGCCCUGCUGGAACUCCAUAUGAGAAUGGAGUGUUCAGGAUGAAGCUAUUAUUGUCUCAUGAUUUCCCUCAAUCUCCCCCAAAAGGAUUCUUCUUGACAAAAAUUUUCCAUCCAAACAUAGCUACUAGUGGUGAGAUAUGUGUAAACACACUGAAGAAGGAUUGGAAUCCUAGCCUUGGAUUAAGACAUGUUCUUCUGGUAGUGAGAUGCCUUCUGGUCGAACCAUUUCCUGAAUCUGCACUUAAUGAACAAGCUGGGAAGAUGCUACUCGAAAAUUAUGAGGAAUAUGCACGGCAUGCAAGGUUAUACACUGGCAUCCAUGCCCUCAAGAAUAAGUCCAAGACUGGAGCUAUAUCUGAGUCGACCACAGCUCUGAAUGUCGACAAGUCAAGCACUGCUCCCAACGAGAACGCACCAUCGAUGCCACCGGCAAUACCUACCUCCGCUGCAUCCAGAGCACUUGGCACAAAUUUGCAGGAUCAGAGCCCUACUGUAUCUGAUCCUACUGUAGGAGCGGCGGCGGCGGCGGCGGCACGAAGGAAGGAUGGCCCAAUGCCUUCCAAAGUACCUGUUGAUAGGAAAAAGAUGGAUGCACGGAAGAAGAGCUUGAAGAGAUUAUAGGCGGAACCUUCAUAGUCCAGCAUUUAAAUCUGUCGGAAAUUUAGCAGAUGCCUAGCGAAGCUGGGAGAGAGACAAUUAGUUGGGAGGCAUCUGAUGACCUGGCUUCCGGGAGGUAGGGGUCCUGGGCUGGGACAAAAGUGAAUAAUGUGGCCUGGGUGAGUCCUUCGGGACAACUGUAUGUGCAAUGUCCAAUCAUUUGGAAGAACACCUGCCUAUUUCCUUCUGUCCUCUGUAUUUUGUUAGCUUAGCGGUAGUGUUAGCUAGCUCAUAGGGGCAAUUCCCUGUCUAGCCAUGGGCUGCUGCUCCGUACUCUGCUUGAAUAAUAAUUUGUCCGUGCAAUUACAGCUAUUGUUUUGUUUGGAGGAAUAGUUGCCUUUU